GGAGCUCACUGUAUAUAUAUAACAUUCAGAGCCUUGAUAGGGACGAGAGACUGAUUACCUUGUCCAUCACACACAUAUUUCUUAGUCAGAAGGUGUGAAUAUGGAAUCACAUGACUUUCAAAUUGCUGUUUACUUUCUUCCCAGUGGUCCUGCUACAGCCCAACAUCUCUCUCAGUCCUCCAAAUGGAGGGAUGUUUUGGGAACCUCAGGGGCCAGAGGUGGUCAGGGGCCACAGCUUCUCCAUCACCUGCUCCAUUCAGCCACAGUAUCCUGGAGGCCUCUUCUAUCUGGACUUCUCUGGGUCCAACAAGACUGAAACUAAGCCAGCAGUCAACCACUCUGCCUCCUUCCACUUCCCUGUUGCAGAGUAUACAGACCAGGGGAAGUACAGCUGCAGCUAUGUAGUCAAUGUCUCCACCCGGUCAUUCAGGUCGGGUAAUAGUGAACUAGCUGUCACCAUUCGAGCGUUCAUGGUCCCCAUCAUUGUCUCUGGAGGGACUGGUGGGGUAGGACUGCUAAUUCUGCUUCUUCUAGCCAUCUGUCUAGUCAGCUGGAGGACGAGGAUGAACAGAAAGCCAUCUACAGAGACUGGCCAGGGAGAAUGUAUUGACAACAGACACAACAGAGGGGAGGACAACGAAAAGGAAGAGGACUAUGUUAAUGUUGAAAACGUCUGUUACCAGAGAGGUCUGGAGAGUGCAAAGAAAAAUGAGAAGGAUAAAGGGCACAGCUAUGGGAAAUCAGAGGAUGUCUAUGUCAACGAGGACGGAAACACUCAAAGAAAUGGUGUUUGUGGGGGGUCUCAUGAGAAAAUUAACAGUGAAGAUGAUGAAAAUGAUUAUGUUAAUGUCUCUGCUUAGGACAAUGCUGUAGCACAGGCAGGUGUGUCAGUUGACUAUAGCUUUAAGACCAAAAAGUUAAAAGUAGGCUACAAAAAAAGUUGACUAAAAUCAUUCAAAUCCGCCAUUAAAAUGCAACGGCUGUUUAGCGUAUCUAUGGGCUGGCUUUAGGACUACGCAGCAAUUAGCUCGGAGGG